UGUCUGGAGUAGGUACGACAACUGUCAAAUGUUUGAAAUGCGCGAUUCGCCGAUCUAGGUUAGAUUUUCAAAAUACUGAUAUUAAUUUGUUUGUAUUGAUGUAAUUACUAAAAUAAUAUCAUGGAGAUAACGAAUACUGCUGUUUUCAUAUCAGCACUAUUGCUCUUUAUAAAUCUGAGUGACGGUGCUAAGAUCAACACUCCCAGGGUAUUGUUGCCCUGGAUCGAGGAUUUGUAUGUGCAUUUUAACUUUGAAAUCAUCGAGGGAGGCUGUUACAAAUGGAGUUUAUCUCGCGAUGACAUCAUUGAUUUGGAGCCGCUUUAUGAGGAUUCUGUAGGCCACUGUUCGCGAGCAGCGCGUGUCUCUGUCUCCAAGACAUGUGUUCCUCCUGGAUCUGUGAUCAUCCUGGCCGAGGAAGUACACACGGGCGAGAUACUUCGUGGUGAUGUAGACAUAGACAAAAUAAGAUCUUUGAAAGUGAUCAGUACUACAUGGAACCUGUUUCUGGAAGAAGCACCAGAGGCAUUCGAAGUUGUUGCCUAUGAUGAUCAAGGCAAUACAUUUUCAACUCUUGAGGGAAUAAGCUUUACAUGGUCUAUAGAGAAUCUCGGAAGUAAUGUUGGAGAAGAUCUACUUGUAACGCUCGUUAGAUGGCGCGACACGGACUAUGAGGCGCCCCGCGGAGUCACCGAGCUUGAAGCCCGAGGUCUCCGCUCCUACUCAGUACUCCUGUAUGGUCAGGCGAUGGGCGAGUCUCGAGUGACCGUGUGUCUUGAUGAUGAAAUAUGUACAGAUUUCGACUUGCAAGUCAUAGCCAGUGUCGUGCUGAUGCCGGCGAUGGCUGCUAUCGCUCCUGGAGAUACUCUGAGAUACAAAGUGGUAAGAGCACGCGCGGGCCGCCUCACAGUCCAAGACAUCGAUGAAACAAUGUACUAUCUGAAAGUCCCGGACACAAAAAUAGCACAACUUGAGGACACCGUCAGUCUCGUCAGAGGCUCAAAGAUCGGCACCACAAGCGUGUACCUCAAGUCUGGAGCUACUGAAGUCGCUACAGCUACCUUGACAAUCGCAGAACCUCACAGCAUAAGAGUCACCUUACGCCCAUCACAUCUGCUCAUCCGAGGAGAACCAUUCGUAGUACACAGUGUCGUAUUGGAUGAUAAAGGUCAUGUGUUGACGUCCGGAGACCAGAUUUUAAUAAGAUUGGCGGUUGAAGGCGAUGCUAAUGUGGAUUUGCUGAGGUCGACGGAGAAUGGCACGUUGACUGAUGCGGUCGCGCAAAAUGCUGGGUCUGUUACUAUCACUGCGAGGCUGCAUUCGAUAGCCGGGAAGAUUUUAUCGCGAAAGGUUGAAGGACAGGUCCUAGGUACAGUUGUUGAUCCCUUGGAAGUUGUACCUCCUCACCAUUACGUCGCGUGGACAGAAACAACACAAGAAAUCACAUUGAAGCACAUUGGCGGAGGCGACGAACCCGUCGUUUGGUCGGAAAUAGAGAGCGAGACAGCAAAUAAUGCUCUCUCUCUAACACCCGACGGUUUAGUGACGGUUCGCGGUGAAGGCGAAAUUGGAGUGCGAGUUCAACUAAAGAAAUAUCCACAUGUAAAAGCUAUUGGAAGAGUUCUCUCAGCGCCAUACGAGAUGCUACAAGUCUCUAGCACAGGUCACGCCCGCGUCGGCAAGCCGCAUCAUCUACACAUAGCGCUCACCGCGACAAACCCCGAGACGGGUGAACUUUACAAUUUUAAUACAUGUAACUGUGCAUCGUUUGCUGUUACGUUACUGGAGGGGCCUGAACCACAGAAUGUUACAGCUGCUAAUUGGAUGCAGCCUAUUGAGGGCGCCUGCUGCGUGUUGCAGUGCGCGUGGUGGUCCCGCGGCACGUCGUCGCUGCGCGUGUCGCGGGGCCGCGCCGGCGCCAGCACGCGCGUGGCCGUGCGCGCCGCGCCGCGCCUGCUGUGGCCGCGCAACGUGGCCGCGCUGCCCGCCGCCACGCUGCCCGUGUUAGCCGAAGGAGAGGCGCUGAUCCCACAGAGCAGUGACUCGCGUGUCGCGGAACUGAGCGUGCGUGAUGGCCCGCCCCCGCAUAAAUACCCUGACGUUCAGCUGUUCACAUUCAAAUGCCGAAGGAAAGGCGAAUCUCGCUUAGAGCUGACAUCACAGAUGGACGACGAGAAGGAGUCAGUGAGUGUGGAGGGCAGGUGCGCGCCUCACGUGUCGCGCCUGAGGCUCGAGCCGCCAGACACGCCCGGGAACUGCUCCACACCCGCCAAAAUCUGGCUACGUCCUGGCCAAGAGGUUGCAAUCAAAGUGACUCUACUAGACGCGUUAGGUCGCGAACUUUUAGAUGAAAACGGUCCUAAAGUGUCAUGGGAAAUUGAACCUCAUCACCCCGGAAUACACUUCAAAUCUAAUGACAGGCUGUUUGUAGAACACCACCCUGAUUACUUACCCGUACCUGUGCCUUACAAGUUUUAUCAAAUAGUAUUAGCAGACGAGUUAGCGAUUGGAUGGUCUGGUACUUUGAAAGCGAGCAUUCCCGAUGCCACUGCGUCAAUUCAAGCUAGAGUUGUCGCUCCAUUGAAAUGUGAUCCGUUGAAGGUGAACAUAGCUUGGGAGAGCGAGUCAGUGCCCAACAUAGCGAGUAUAUCAGGCGGCAGUGGUCGCUACACAGUGGAGGGGCCCGCCGGACUAGCGGCCAGUGUGAGCGAGGGCUCGCUCGCGGCCAACGUGCCCGGACCCGGCCAUUACGACUUGCACGUCGCCGAUCAGUGUCUGCAGGAUGAGAAGCAGAGGGUGCAGGUGAACAUCGAAGAAGUAAUGAGCGUGGAAGUGUCAACGGCGCGUGCAGUGUGCGUGGGAUCGUGCGUGAGGCUGGAAGCGCGCGUGCUCGGCGUGUCGCAGCGAGUACUGCAGGGGGGGCGCCAGCCCGACUGGCGCGUGGCCGGCGCGCUGGCGCUGCGGCCCGGCCUGCUGUGCGGCCUGGCCGAGGGGACCGCCGCCGUCAGGGCCAGGGUGGCCGGCGUCUGGAGCGCGGAGAGAGAGGUGCUGGUGUUCCCGCCGCUGGAGAUAGUCCCGGGGCAGGCCCGCGUGCCGCCGGGCGCCCGCCUGCAGCUGCGCGCGCGCGGGGGCCCGCCGCCGCACCUGGCCGCGCUGCACUACCGGGCCACGCACGGCCUGCAGCAUGUCGAUGUGACAUCAUCUGGUUCGGUUCAUGGAGUUUCAGUCGGAACAUCGCGGGUCAAGCUCGUCGCCACAGAUAUCGCUAAUGAAGAGAUGGCAAGCGCUGAAGCAGAAAUUGAGGUGAUACCGAUAUCGGGCAUGCGCGUGAGAGCCGCGACCCAGACGCUGCUGGUGGGCAGCCCCAGCCCGCUGUGGGUGGAGGCGGGCGGGCUGGGCGCGGCCGCGCUGGGCGCGCUGCAGCCGCCGCCGCGCGUCAGCUGGGCGCUGCGGGACCCCGCCGCCGCCAGGCUCUACACCACGCACGCAGACGAUAUGCUGGAAAGAUCCGCUGCGGAAGGACUGUCGGUCCGAGUGGUGCCGUUGAAACCAGGAGUCAUUACAAUUGACGUCAGAGUACGGAACAUGGGUCAGGCUGCAGAGUCCCGAUCUUGGGACAGCACAAUAGAAAUCCUCGGUAUAUCCGACAUUCGUACAUCCGUCGACGGGUUAACCAAGGACCUAGCAUCCGGGGACCGCCUCGCCUUAGCAGUGGGCUCCGUGAUAAAGCUGAAGUCGUUGCCUCGCGGCACGUGGAAGUCGUAUGGAGACGUCGCGUUUUCUCUGAGUUCUAGUGGAGAGGUCACGGCUGUGAGACCCGGACAUGGAAUCAUUGUGGCCCAGCAUAAAGAUGAAAGGAAUAAUAUUUAUAGAGAGACGGCUAUCCACGUGGAGGUGGCAGUCCCAGCGUACUGCACCGCGGAGCCCGGGCGGGACGAGGCGGCGCCGGGCGUGCGCCUGGUGCUGCGCAGCGGGCUGGGCCGCGCGCUGCUGGCGCCGCACGCCAACCUCAGCGCGCUGGCGCCCCUGCCCGCACAGCCGCGGGGGCCUGGCACCGACAGUAUCCUUGGCACUGAACUAGUGAUACCCAGUCUAGACGCUGCGGGCACGUUCAUGACCUUCCAAGCGACCGUCAGCGGGGUCACGGUCAAGGACGAGGUCUGGGUCACUGGAACUGAUACACGAUCAGAUAGGAUUGUUGUGUCCGGCGGCUGGGGCGUGUGCAUGGAAGGUGUAGGCUGGCGCGCGCCCGCCGGCGUGUCGGUGUUCACGGGUGCCGGCGUAGCGCUGGCGCUACUGACGCGCGCUACGCCCGCUACGCACCUGCUACGCCAGGAGCGGCCGCAGCAUCUGCUCACGCUACACCAGAUACAACUUGACAAGAUGGAGUUCUACCCGGGUGACUGGCCAUCGGCCCUCGUACCACUGUCGUUCCAAGCGAGCGGGCUCACGGCCGGCCCGCUGCUGUGUACGGAGGAACAGCGGUACGCACUAGAGGGCGCCGCUAUCGAACUGCCUUACACCUGCCGCACUAAGGCCCCGCAUACAGCUGAAGCUGUUGUCGAUGUCAUUCAUGGUCAAAUGGGUUGCAAGAUAAUCCCAGCCUCGCCAAUCACGCACGCUUCGGAGGUAGAACUGUGUGCGGAGUGGGAGUCGUUCCGCACGUGUACGCGCGUCAUGCUGCUGCCGCUAGUGCGGGCCUCUACUCACGUCGUGUCGCUGCUGGAACCGCCCACCGUGUUCACUGUGUACGGACAUCCGCAAGCGUUGAAGGUGGUUAGGUUGAGCCCGUCGCCCGGCUUGAAGCUGGAUACUAAACUUGAUAGGGAUGAGCUCCAAGUAACAGUUACCAACGAGCUCUCGUCGUGCGGUCACGGCUGGGUCACGGUCCACUCUAAGCUGACCGCUCAAGAGCUACGCGUGGAAGUGCAUAGAGAGUGUGAUAUAGCGUGCGGGACGCUACUAGGGGCCUUGUUCUCGUUGCUACGACCCUAUCUGUCCACGUUGAUCACUGUUGGGGCUGUUGCCGCUUCGUAUUUGUAUAUACAACUACGAAUGCAACGUAAACUCCAAAUCCGGAUGCCAAUAGAUCCAAACCAGACAGUACUUCCACCAGAAACGCAGACUCCCACAAUAAACCGGUCGCGGACUUGGUCUCGAAGUCCGUACGCGUCUAGCGGCCCCACCGCCCCCGUCUACGGCGACGCCAGCAUGCUGCCAGAACAGAGCUUCUCACCAAACUCAACAAGAAACUCUCUAUUCCUAUAGCAUCCGGAAAGUGAUCCCGCCACUAAUAGUGACGAUUCCAAUGACUAUGAACACGAUGACGGGCCAGUAGCGCCCUCUGACUUUCUAAAACGGUGUUUCUAUGACAUCUCAGAUUUCUUCCUUGAAUGUUUAGACUGCAUUUUGCCAGAUUAAAUUGAGAAACAGUGUCAGUGGAUUUCAGUGUACUUAGAGACGAUGAGCAAUCUUUUUGAAAACAAAUGCAGGAUGAUAUUUUUUGUGACUGGCAAUACUAAGACUUGAACAGCUCAGUGUUUCGCCGUAUCGGUGUGUUGUAUUGUUAAAUAGUUGUUAAGUGACGUAAAAGGAUUUGUUAUAAAGAUGCGUACACAAUGGUAAAAAAAAACUUCGUUUAUAUAAACCUAAUAUCGCAUACGUGUAUGUUUCAAAGUAUAGUUCGAGAUAAGAUCCAAUAUAGUAAAACUUGCAUGUUGGUUUCACAAUUAUUACGACGAAUAAAAGAAACACUUUUACGAGUGGACUUCAAAAUAAGGAGCACAUUAAAAAUAUCACAAUACUAAUACUACUAAUACCGAUGUCAUCCAAUAACUUAAUUACUAUCAACUAAAAUAAAUAAUACCUUCAUACCUUUUUUUGACAAAAUAAGCAAAGCCUACAAGAAGAUUCCAAAGGUAAACGCUCACUUAUCCGCGUUGGACAAUGAGGCCUCGUGAAUAUACCCAGAAGAAAAUUGUCAUGGAUCAUAUUAUAUUAUAUCAUUAUCAGACAUUAUCGAUAAUAAUAUUUUGCAAUUUUAAUUCUUGUGUCGCGGGGGGCUUCACAAACAUUCAAGUCACAUGCCCAAAGACACCCAGACCCAGGAAAAGCGUUUGUGGAUCAAUCAAAUGCUUGUCCUACGCGGGGAUCGAGCCCGCGUUACGUCGCGCUCUGUGGGUUUGGCGUGGUGACCUCAACCACUCGGCUACCCGUGCAGUCAAAUUUAAUUAAAAACUCUAAGUCUUGUCCCUGUAGAAACGUCUUGUAUACGACAUAGUAAACAACUACAAUGUCGAUCGUAACAAAAACAUUACAAAGUAACAUUUCUAGGAUCUGACUUAUUAACGAUUGACCGAGUUACAGCGAACCGGCAAUAUCGUAUUACUGCUAAGCUUGCGUUGUAAAAUCGAUACGUGAUACUUUGUUGAAUUGUUGCCGUCAGCAGUCUUAUAUGAACUUUGUAACCAUAAAAACAAUAUUUUUAUAUGAGAUACCUAUAUCUUCUAAAGUAAGAAUCGAUCUUUAAAAUCUUGUUUUAAAGAAAAACUUCAUUAGAGUAACGGCAUUGCAGGUAUAGCCAAAAGAAAUGCUAAAUAUUUAUCAUCGGCUAUCAAUUAUUCAGCUAUUUUCCUCUGUCCUUUGCCCUUCUUCAUAAUUAUCAUAUUAUAUAAUAUAUCAUAAUUAACCGAAGCUCACGUAAACUGACACACAAACCUUUUAUCCGUCGUUCUGAAAACAAAAUCGAUCGGCAACCUAUUAGGAAUUCUUAUAAAGUUCUAUGGCGCCCUAUUCAAGCAGUUAUUACGUUGACCAUUGUGUACGCAACUUAUUCAAUCUUUAAAAUACGGUUGUAAGGAGUAGCUCGACUAAACUAGGUUAGUUAAUAAUGGUUCCGAUUUCGUUGUUACUCGUUUCUCUUUCCCUUUUAAUAUGGAAGUGGUGUUUUUUCCAUGAUGUAAAAAUAUAUUUUUCAGACUAUUCAUUGCAGAAAUCGAUUUUUUUUUGUAGAAGCUACACUAUUCCGUUAGGUAUGUAAUAAACCUAUAGUUCACUAACAUAUAAUCAAAUAUAACAAUAGAAUCGGAACCUAUAUGUUUUGUGUAAAUUGUGUUUCAAGUAAUUAAAAUAAGAAUAUACGAUGCAUUUCGUGAAAGUCUCGAGUUGUCUCGACUCGUUUUUUCCUCACAGUAUACAAAACAAAUCAUCUAUAAUAGUAUACUUAUUCUGUCCCAUCGCAGGCAAACAACCAAUGUUACUUUUUCAAAGCUUUUUUUAACACUUAAGGCUAAGGACUCUCUUAAAUAGUCACACCAUAGACACUACUCUACAAAGUUAAAGAAAUCAUCUUGAUUACACUUGGAUCCCAAAUUUAAGAAUUUAAAAUCGCCCACCCUGAGUGAGCAGGCGUGGAGAACAAUGCGUAAAAUGUUUCCUCUUCGGGAAAAGUUCUGUGCCUAGCUGCGGGACGAAAAUAGGCUUGGUAUAUUAAUUCUGAAAAUACGAACGUCUGGAUGGAUAUGUAAAACAGUUUAAUUAUCCGACUUAUGCGGAUAUAUUCAAUAAUUUUUGUCCAUAGAAACUGGAUUACGAGAUAAAGCAUGUGGCUAUUAAAUUAUUGAAAGUAGAUAAAAAGUAUUUUAUCCCAGUAAAGUAAAAAAUAUUCAAAAACAUCGUAAAACAUGUUAAUAAUAUUUUUCAAGGAGAAAUAAUUAUGGUCAUGUCUGUAGCAAGCAUAUGCGUUUCCCCUUGUAAUCCCUAUUUAAUUUAGCAACCAGACACGAGGGUCCGAAUCAAAGAGAUCAAAGUAUUCGCUAAUCCUUUAUGGAGGGUCCUUUAGAGCAUGCGCAUGAUAAUUGUAAAGGACUCAUUCAGCCCCCCGUGUUCACCUCAAUAUUUGCUCCAACAAUAUGUCCAACGUUCGCAAUGUGAGAACGUGCCAACCUUGGUUCAAUGAAUAGAAACCGGCUUAAUAGUUAUUUCCCCUUCAAGCCAUUUUUAUUCAAUAUUGUGAUUCCGAAAUUAGUAUUAUUUUGUUCAAUGUACGGACCAUCUACAAGAGUAGAUAAUUACUUUCUAUUAUAUUUCCUUUUUCGUUUUAUUAUUGCAUUAUUAAAUCAUUUUCCUGACGUAUUGAACUUGUGAGCGUUUUUUCGCUCGUAAGUCAAUAUAAUAUGUAUGACAGCAAUGCUGGCAAGCCCUUCACGUAAUAGAUCAAUUUAUCAGUACAAAAAGAGGCGAAAAUCCCAACAUUAGAAAAAAUCGAACUGUUUCAAACACUAGUAUUAAUACACAAUAAUUAAAAACUAAAAUAUUAGUGUUUGCAAUGCAAUUGCUUGUUUACUUUAACUAAGCCACGCAUAUUUCAUGUAGAAAAAUGUUAAUGAACCAAAGUAAAAAGUGUGGUUAUCGGUAUUAUUAUAGUGAAUGAUAAAAUAGGUUUAAACUUUUUUGUUUUGCUUUGUAAGGCGGAUUCAUAAAUGUUUAAGAAUGGUUACUCACUCGUAUUUAUCGAGAUACCGACUAGUAUCGGACGUAAGCGGAGUCCUUAAUUGUGCCUAUCGUGAGCUUACGCUAAUAUGAGAGAACCCUUUGAAAGCUUUUGAACCCUCUAGCUACCUUCAUUAGGUAAUUUAUCAGUCGGCAUCUUCAAUUUGACUCAAAAUCAAUGAUAUUAGUGACGAUAAUUAUAUUGUAUGUAUUUACUUAGGGACAUAUGUAUGUUAGUAUUUAUCAUAACAUUUUCUUAAUAUUUAAGUAGCUUUGCAUUUCUCCAGCUUACGUAACAUUACAUUUAAGGUAAAAUAGAAAUGUAAAUACAAUUUGUAAAUAAGAUCUCAAGGAACUAGAUUUAAUUGUUUUCUAUAAUUGUAUUCGCAUUUCGAUGCAUAUAACAUUUUGUGACGUAUUGUACAAACACAUGUUUUUAGUAACUCUAAGUCAUUUUUGAGAAGUCAACCUUUUAAAAAAUAUGUGUUUGUAAUUUUGUGGCCCACACUCGGUAUGAGGGUUAAUUGUGAUGUUUGAAUAAACUAUUUUUAUAAA